ACUUUCCUUCAUUUCAUUUGUCCUCUGAAGUAGUUUUCACUGCAGCUUCUGUAUCAUCAAUCUUCACCAUCUCAUCUUGGUUUUAUUUUGCUUCAUUUCUCCAGAAAAAAAAAAAAAAAAGAAAAAGAAAAAAGAAAAAGAGUUUGAUACUUUCUACUAUAUACCAUUUAUUUUCGUUGUAAUCAUCCUCUUAUUAGUUUGGUUUUGCUUUGCUCCAGUUCUUUGAAAAAAAAAAAAAAAAUAUUGUAAAGAAUGAGAUUUUCCAGUUCUUAAUUUUCUUUGCAGUCUUUUGUGUUAUUAUCCUGUAGUCUUAGUUUUACUUUGCUCCACUUCACCAAAAAAAAAAAAAAAAAAAAAAAAAAAAAAAAAAAAAAUAGUGGAAGAGAAAGGAGUAGAAGAGAAAACUGCUGCUCACACCGCUGCUCUCAUUUACUAUAGCGACUAUCCUUGAUCUGCAAAGUCAAAGGAGUAGAAGAGAAAACUGCUAAAAAAAGUGACUUGUAAGAAAGGGAAAAGAAGAAGGUAUCGUCAACUGUUUGGUUUACUGAUACUCAACAAAGAGACUAUCCUGGUGGAAAAGAAGCUGCUCUUGAAAACAAGUUUUGUCAAAAUCCAACACUGAUUUUUCUCAAGAAAACGGCGAAGACGAAUAUAUUUUGGUUCGUCCUAAACGAUGAAGUUUGUGGUGAUAUGUGAAUUGAAGUGAGAGAUGAAGAUAGGAUUGAAUUCUGGAUUGGAUUUGUUGUUGAAUUUAUGGAGGCAUAGUAGGAGUGAGUUUCAUCUUUUACCAAAAGUCAAAACCGUGUUCUUCUGGGCUAACUAAUGUAUUCAAGUUAGUGAACCAAGGAGAAUCAAUGACUUCAGCCUGAUGAAUUGUAGUUACCGAUCAGCAUAUUGACCAUCCUUGACCAAUUGCCUUGCAAUUCGAGUGGAGGCAGUAGAAAUAGCCUGCUUCUAUGCUUCGUUAACAAUUGGAUAGCAUAAAGAGAGUAGCCUCUUUGCUCCAGUCCAUCAAUAUCCUAAGGAGAGGUAAUUUCCAUAUUGAGUUUGAAGCUACUUCCACGCACACCACCCAAAAAGAAAAAGGACAAAACAAAAGGGAGAAUGGGAUAGAAAGAUAUUGAAACGAGAAUGGCCAUUGUUAGUGUGGUUGUUGCUAUAACUGUUGUGAUUGUUAAUAUGAUUUCAGAAGAAACUGUCAAGUUCAUUGGACAGUGGCUCAUCGAGAACAUGGUUAAGCCAGUUGGACAGUUGCUCAUCGAGAAACUGGUUAAACCAAUUGGACAGUGGCUAGGUUAUUUGUUUCACUACAGCCGCAACAUAGAGAAUAUGAAGGAACAGGUAAAGAAGUUGAGGGACUUUAGAGAAAGGGUGCCACUGCCGCAUUCGGUUGAUGCUGCUACAAGAAACAUUGUAGAAAUUGAAACUGAUGUUAACAAGUGGUUAAAAAAUGCGGAUUUGAUUAUGAGAGAGGCCAAGCAAGUUAUUGAAGAUGAAGAAAAAUCAAAGAUGAGGUGUUCCCAUGCGAUAUGCCUGAACUUGAAGCAACGACAUCAGCAAAGUAAGAUAGCAAAGAAGAUAGUGCAAGACAUCAAUGAAGUCUUGAAAAACUGGAGAUCUGAUAAGGUAUACAUGAACUUUGGGUUAAGAAUGGCAACUGCGAAGGAACUUAUGGUGGCAUUAGGAGACGCUAAUUUCAACAUGAUUGGGGUGUGGGGGAUGCCGGGUGUGGGAAAGACUACAUUGGUGAGAAAAGUUGCUGAGCAAGUCAAGGAAGAAAAGCUAUUCGAUGAGGUAGCUAUAGCAACCGUGACGAAGAGCCCAAACCUAAUAAAAAUACAAGGAGAAAUCGCUGACAAACUAGAUCUAAAGCUUGAUAAGGAAACUUCAAGCGGAAGAGCAGAUCUUCUGAGGGCGAGGUUAACGAAAGAAAAUAAUAAGAAGAUACUUGUUAUCCUAGAUGAUAUAUGGGAGAAACUUGAUUUGGAUGAAAUAGGAAUUCCUCAUACGGGUUGCAAAGUAGUGUUAACAUCUAGGAAUAAGGAUGUAUUAUCUUCUGAGAUGGGCACCCAAAAGGAUUUUGGACUUGAAGUUUUACUCAAAAAAGAAGCAUGGUGUUUAUUUGAGAAAUUAUUAGGUGAUUCUCUCGUGGAUUCAAAUUUGCGAUCUAAAGCAAUUGAGGUAUCCACAGCGUGUGCAGGUCUACCUCUCGCACUUGUAACAGUUGCAAAGGCAUUAAAAAACAAGCGUUUGUUUGAAUGGGAAGAUGCGCUACAAAAACUACGGAGGCCCGCCCCUCGAAACCAGAAAAGAAUGCAAGAGGUUAUAUAUUCUGCGAUAAAGUUGAGUUACGAUCACCUUGAAAGUCCAGAGCUCAAAUCGUUCUUUUUGUUUUGUGCUCAAAAUCAAGGGUUUUCUUCCAUUUUUUAUCAAGACGUGUUAAAAAAAUGUUUUGGGCUGCGUUUAUUUCAUGGCAUUAGUACAUUGGAAGAAGCAAGAAAUAGGACAUACACUCUGGUUCGUAGCCUCAAAGACUCUGGCUUAUUGUUAGAUGCUCCUGAAACUAGUGAUCAAUUUCGUGUGCAUGAUCUUACUCGUGAUGUUGCCCUCUUAAUUGCAUAUGAGACUCAAAAUGUGUUGACGAUGAGGAACGAGGGUCUAGUAGAAUGGCCAGAUGAGGACGAUAUGAAAAUGUGCACAUCAAUCUUUGUUUAUAAAAGGGAUAUUCAGGAACUUCCUGACAGGUUGGAAUGUCCAGAACUAAGAUGCUUACUUGUGGAUGCCAAAGAUCGAGAGAGUUCUUUUAAAAUUUCAGACACAUUUUUUAAAGGGAUGAGAAAAUUAAAAGUUUUAGAUUUGACUUAUAUGCGACUUUCAUCACUUCCUUCCUCACUUAAGCUACUUACAAACUUGCGAACAUUGUGCCUGGAUCAAUGUGUGUUGGGAGACAUAGCUAUGAUUGGAGAGAUGAAAAAUUUAGAAAUUCUUAGUCUCAUCCGCUCUGAAUUUGAACAGCUGCCAAGAGAAAUAGGGCUUUUGACUAAUCUGCGGAUGUUGGAUUUGAGCAAUUGUAAGAAGCUUCAGGUGAUUCCAGCCAACGUCCUAUCACGCUUGAUACUAUUGGAAGAGUUAUAUGUUGGCAAUAGCUUCACUCAGUGGGAGGUUGAAGGACUCAACAAUGAAAGAGCUAGCCUUGCAGAGCUAAAGCAUUUGUCACGAUUGAGCACUUUAGAAUUACACAUUCCAGAUGCCAACAUGAUGCCAAAAGAUUUGUUAUUUGAGAAGUUGAAAAGAUACAGAAUCUUUAUAGGAGAUGUGUGGGAUUGGUCUGACAAACAUGAAAACUCAAGAGUACUAAAACUCAAGCUGAAUACAUGCAAUCAAUUGGAGAGUGGGAUCGAAAUGUUGUUUAAUGGAAUAGAAGACCUGUGUUUGGACGAGUUAAAUGGUGUUAAGAGUAUUGUAUAUGAAUUGGAUAUGAAAGGCUUCCAACAACUAAAGCAUCUCCAUGUCCAAAACAAUGCUGAGAUUAAAUAUAUCAUCCACUCAAGGGGGUUGGUUAUUGAUGAUGUUGUAUUUCCUGCCUUAAAGAUAUUUUCUCUCAAAAACAUGAUCAACUUGGAAGGAAUAUGUGAUGCCCAACUUCCCUUGACAUCCUUUCGUGACAUAAGAAUUAUGAAAGUGGAACAUUGUGAGAAACUGAAAUUUGUCUUCUUGUCAUCCAUAGCUAAGGGUCUUUCACAACUUCAAGAAUUGGAGAUAAAAGAAUGCAACAUCAUGCGAGCAAUAGUUGUUAAAGAAGAUGGUGAACUUGAAGAUAGAGAUAUGAUAUUGUUCCCUCAACUACGUCACUUGAAACUACAAUGUCUUCCAAAGCUCAUGAGCUUCUUAAGCACACAGAAUUCUAUCAUAACUGAUGUUGGAGAAAUAAUUCACGAGGGUGAGCUGGAUUUUCAGGAGAUGCCACAUACAGGCAUGCAACCUCUCUUUAAUGAAGAGGUUGUGUUCCCCAACUUGGAAAAGUUGGAACUGUCCUCUAUACACUUCGAAGAGAUACUACUACAGAACCAACAUGGGGCAAGCUCCUCUUUCAAAUUAACAAACAUACAAACAGACUCAAGAUUUCAAAAUUUGCGUAACUUGAAGGUGACAGGCUCUGUCAAUUUAAAAUACCUAUUUUCUUCUUCUACAGCGAGAUCUAUGGUUCAGCUCAAAUUUCUUGACAUUUACGAGUGUAAGGUAAUGGAAGAGAUAAUACUCAUAGAAGACUUAGGACAAGAACAAACAAGUCCAAUGGUCUUUUUCCCUCAACUGGAAUAUCUGUUUCUAAAAGAUCUUCCCGUCCUCAAAAAAUUCUGCGUAGGAAGCAAUGUCAGAUUUCCAUACUUGAAGUAUUUGAAGAUAGAACAAUGCCCUAAACUGGAGUCAUUCAUAUUCGAACCUGUUAGUUCAGGCAUGACAGUGAGCAAAGAACUUAAGGAAGUGAAUUCAGAGGAGAUCUCUCAUAAUGCCAUGCAACCUCUCUUCAAUGAAGAGGUUGCAUUCCCUAGUUUGGAAAGAUUGUGUUUGCAUCAGUGUGUGUUGGAAGACAUAGCUAUGAUUGGAGAGCUGAGAAAUUUAAAAUUUCUUUGCCUUGUUAGCUCCAAUGUUAAACAGUUGCCGGGAGAAACAGGGCGUUUGAUUCAUUUACGGAUUUUGGAUCUGAGAAUUUGUACCGAACUUAAAGUGAUUCCACCAAAUGUCCUAUCAUGUUUGAUACAAUUAGAAGAGCUGUAUGUCGGCAAUAGCUUCACUCAGUGGGAGGUUGAAGGACACAACAAUGAAAGAGCUAGCCUUGCAGAGCUAAAGCAUUUGUCACGGUUGACUACUUUAGAAGUGCACAUUCCAGAUGCCAACAUGUUGCCAAAAGAUCUGUUAUUCGAGAAGUUGCAAAGAUACAAAAUAUUCGUAGGAGAUGUGUGGGAUUGGUCUGAUAAACAUGAAAACUCAAGAGCACUAAAACUCAAGUUGAAUACAAGCUUUCAUUUGGAGAGGGGGAUUAAAAUGUGGUUGAAUGGUAUUGAAAAUCUGUGUUUGGAUGAGUUAAAGGGUGUUAAGAGCAUCAUCUAUGAAUUAGAUAUGACAGGCUUCCAACAACUGAAGCAUCUCCAUGUCCAAAACAAUGUCGAGAUCAAGUACAUCAUCAACUCAAGAGGGAUGGUCAUCUCUGAUGUUGUCUUUCCUGUCUUGGAGAUGCUUUCUCUCAAAAACAUGAUCAACUUGGAAGAAAUAUGUCAUGGCCAAAUCCCCUCGGCAUCCUUUCGUAACUUAAGCAUUAUGAAAGUGGAACAUUGUGAGAAACUAAAAUUUAUCUUCUCGUCAACCAUAGCCAAGGGCCUUCCACAACUUCAAGAAUUGGUGAUAAAAGAAUGCAGCAUAAUGGGUGCAAUAAUCAUAAAAGAAGAGGGUGAAAUAGAAGACAGAGAUAUGAUCUUGUUCCCUCAAUUGCGUCUCUUAGAACUCCAUCAGCUUCCAAAGCUCGUGAGCCUUUUAAACACACAAAAGUCAGUCAUAAAUGAUGCUGGAGAAAUCAUUCUCGAUUGCGAGCUGGAUUUUCACAUGCCAAUCCUACAGGAACAGGUUGUGUUCCCCAACUUGGAAACGUUGGAACUGUCCUCUAUACACUCUGAAGAGAUACUACUUCAUAACCAACAUCGGGCAAGCUCCUCUUUCAAAUUAACAGUCCCGAGAUUUCAAAAUUUGCUUAACUUGAAGGUGAAAGGCUCUGGCAAUUUAAAAUACCUGUUGUCUUCCUCCACAGCGACAUUUAUGGUUCAACUCAAAGAUCUUUUCAUUGAGGACUGUAAGGUAAUGGAAGAGAUACUACUACUCACAGAGGACUUAGGAGAAGAAGAAAUAAUUCCAAAGGUGUUGUUCCGUCUACUGGAAAACCUGGUUCUAAAAGAUCUUCCAGUACUUAAAAGAUUCUGUAUAGGAACCAAUCUAAGAUUUCCAUCCUUGAAGCAUCUGUGGAUAGAACAAUGCCCUAAAUUGGAGUCAUUCAUAUUCAAACCUGUUAGUUCAGGCAUGACAUUAGGCAAAGAACUUAAGGAAGUGAAUUCAGAGGAGAUCUCUCAUGCUACCAUGCAACCUCUCUUUGAUGAAAAGGUUGCAUUCCCCAAUUUGGAGACAUUAAUAAUCUCCCAUAUGCCUAACCUGAAAAUUAUAUGGCAUGACAAAUUUGCCCCUGGCUAUUUUACAAAGCUUCAGUCCAUGAAGGUUCAAUUCUGUGAAAAUCUUAUGAAAAUCUUCCAAGUUAAUAUGCUGUCAAGAUUCCAGAGCUUGGAGUCCCUUGUAGUAGAAGAUUGUGGUUCGGUACAAGAAAUAUUUGAACUACAAGGGCAAGAAGUUACGGAAACACAAGCAAUAACAGUGACUCAGUUGAAAAAAUUAUUUAUGCAUCGUCUACCGAAGUUGAAGCGUGUAUGGAAUAAGGACCCCGAAGGAAUGUUCUCCUUUCCAAAUCUAGAAAAAAUAAGUGUUUGGGAAUGUGAGAGUUUGAAAAGUUUGUUUCCAACCUCAGUGGCCAGAUGUCUCAAGCAACUGGAAGAUCUUCGAAUAGUUGAAUGUGGGAUUGAGGAAAUUAUUGAACAAGAAGAAGGUGCAAAAGAAGAUGCCAAGUUCGUGUUCCCUAAAUUGACUCUCUUGAUACUUCGACAGUUGCCAAAACUAAAGUGGUUUUACCGGGGGGUGUAUACUUCAAAAUGGCCGUUAUUGAAAACCUUGGAGGUGUCUGGAUCAAAUAAAAUUCAAAUAUUUGCUUCAAAAGAAUUUAGAAUUGAAGAACCAGAUGAACAGAGUCAACUAGAGACAUCCAUUCAACAACCACUUUUCUUGGUUGAAGAGGUUGCAUUCCCCAAUUUGGAGACAUUAAUAAUCUCCCAUAUGCCUAACCUGAAAAUUAUAUGGCAUGACAAAUUUGCCCCUGGCUCUUUUACAAAGCUUCAGUCCAUGAAGGUUCAAUUCUGUGAAAAUCUUAUGAAAAUCUUCCAAGUUAAUAUGCUGUCAAGAUUCCAGAGCUUGGAGUCCCUUGUAGUAGAAGAUUGUGGUUCGGUACAAGAAAUAUUUGAACUACAAGGGCAAGAAGUUAUGGAAACACAUGCAAUAAUAGUGACUCAAUUGAAAAUUUUAUUUUUGCGUCGUCUACCGAUGUUGAAGCGUGUAUGGAAUAAGGACCCCCAAGGAACUUUCUCCUUUCAAAAUAUAAAGAAAAUAGAAGUUAUGGGGUGUGAGAGUUUGACGACUUUGUUUCCAACCUCAGUGGCCAGACGUCUCAAGCAACUGGAAGAUCUUCGAAUAGGUGAAUGUGGGAUUGAGGAAAUUAUAGAACAGGAAGAAGAUGCAAAAGAAGAGGCCAGGUUCAAGUUCCCUAAAUUGACUCUCUUGAUACUUCGACAGUUGCCAAAACUCAAGUGGUUUUACCGGGGGGUGCAUACUUCAGAAUGGCCGUUAUUGAAAACCUUGGAGGUGUCUGGAUCAAAUGAAAUUCAAAUAUUUGCUUCAAAAGAAUUUAGAAUCGAAGAACCAGAUGAACAGAGUCAACUAGAGACAUCCAUUCAACAACCACUUUUCUUGGUUGAAGAGGUUGCAUUCCCUAGUUUGGAAACAUUGACAAUCAUGCACAUGGAGAACUUGAAAAUCAUAUGGCACGAUCAAUUAGCUGAAGAUUCCUUUUUCAAGCUUCAAUCUCUAGUUGUUAAAUACUGUGAAAAUCUUGUGAACAUCUUUGAAUCGAAUAUGCUGACAAGAUUCCAAAGUCUAGAGAGACUUGAAGUAUGUUAUUGUGGUUCACUACAAGAAGUGUUUGAACUUCAAAGGCAAGAUGUUAGAGAAUCACAUGCUAUGACAGUCAUUCCGUUGAAAAGAUUGAUAUUGCGUGGUCUACCGAAAAUGAAGCAAGUCUGGAAUAAGGACCCCCAAGGAAUUUUCAGCUUUCAAAAUCUACAAGUAAUAAGUGUUUGGGAAUGUGAGAGUUUGAAAAUUUUGUUCCCAGCAUCUGUGGCUAGAUGUCUCAUGCAAUUGGAGAAUCUUCGGAUAGGCGAUUGUGGAGUGGAGGAAAUUGUUUCAUGUGAAGAUAUUGCAGAAGCAGAAGCAAGAUUUGUUUUCCCUAAAGUAACUCUCCUAAUGCUUCAUAAAUUGCCAAAGCUCAAGUGGUUUUGCCGAGGGGUUCAUACUUCAGAAUGGCCAUUGCUGAAAGAUUUGGAGGUGUUUGGAUGUGAUCAAAUUGAGAUAUUUACUUCAAAAAUUUUGAACUUUCAAGAAACAGUUGAACAGAGCCAACUAGAGACCUCCACUCAACAACCCCUUUUCUUGGUUGAAGAGGUUGUGUUCCCCAACUUGGAAACGUUGGAACUGUCCUCUAUACACUAUGAAGAGAUUCUACUUCACAACCAACAUCGGGCAAGCUCCUCUUUCAAAUUAAUAGAUCUGAGAUUUCAAAAUUUGCGUAACUUGAAGGUGAAAUGCUCUGGCAAUUUAAAAUACCUAUUGUCUUCUUCUAUAGCGACAUUUAUGGUUCAGCUCAAAUAUCUUGACAUUGAGGACUGUAAGGUAAUGGAAGAGGUGCUACUCACAGAAGACUUAGGAGAAGAAGAAAUAAUUCCAAAGGUGUUGUUCCCUCGACUGGAAAACCUGGUUCUAAAAGAUCUUCCAGUCCUUAAAAGAUUCUGCAUAGGAACCGAUCUAAGAUUUCCAUCCUUGAAGGAACUAUGGAUAGAAAAAUGCCCUAAAUUGGAGUCAUUCAUAUUCAAACCUACUAGUUCAACCAUGACAGUGAGCAAAGAACUUAAGGAAGUGAAUUCAGAGGAGAUCUCUCAUACUGCCGUGCAACCUCUCUUUGAUGAAAAGGUUGCAUUCCCCAAUCUGGAGACAUUGAUAAUCUCCUAUAUGCCUAACCUGAAAAUUAUAUGGCAUGACAAAUUUGCCCCUGGCUCUUUUACAAAGCUUCAGUCCAUGAAGGUUCUAUUCUGUGAAAAUCUUAUGAAAAUCUUCCAAGUUAAUAUGCUGUCUAGGUUCCAGAGCUUGGAGUCCCUUGUAGUAGAAGAUUGUGGUUCGGUACAAGAAAUAUUUGAACUACAAGGGCAAGAAAUUACAGAAACACGAGCAAUAAUAGUGACUCAGUUGAAAAAAUUAUUUAUGCAUCGUCUACCGAAGUUGAAGUGUGUAUGGAAUAAGGACCCCAAAGGAACGUUCUCCUUUCCAAAUCUACAAAAAAUAAGUGUUUGGGAAUGUGAGAGUUUGAAAAGUUUGUUUCCAACCUCAUUGGCUAGAUGUCUCAAGCAACUGGAAGAUCUUCAAAUAGCUGAAUGUGGGAUUGAGGAAAUUAUUGAACAAGAAGAAGGUGCAAAAGAAGAUGCCAGGUUCAUGUUCCCUAAAUUGACUCUCUUGAUGCUUCGACAAUUGCCAAAACUCAAGUGGUUUUACCGAGGGGUGCAUACUUCAGAAUGGCCGUUAUUGAAAACCUUGGAGGUGUCUGGAUCAAAUGAAAUUCAAAUAUUUGCUUCAAAAGAAUUUAGAAUCGAAGAACCAGAUGAACAAAGUCAACUAGAGACAUCCAUUCAACAACCACUUUUCUUGGUUGAAGAGGUUGCAUUCCCUAGUUUGAAAACAUUGACAAUCAAGCACAUGGAGAACUUGAAAAUCAUAUGGCACGAUCAAUUUGCUAAAGAUUCCUUUUUCAAGCUUCAUUCUCUAUUUGUUGAAUACUGUGAAAAUCUUGUGAACAUCUUUGAAUCUAAUAUGCUAACAAGAUUCCAAAGUCUAGAGAGACUUGAUGUAUCUUAUUGUGGUUCACUGCAAGAAGUUUUUGAACUUCAAAGGCACGAUGUUAGAGAAUCUCAUACUGUGACAGCCAUUCCGUUAAAAAGAUUGAUGUUGUGUCAUCUACCGAAAAUGAAGCAGGUAUGGAAUAAGGACCCCCAAGGAAUUUUCAACUUUCAAAAUCUACAAAAAAUAAGUGUUUCGGAAUGUGAGAGUCUGCAAAGUUUGUUCCCAGCAUCUGUGGCUAGAUUUCUCAUGGAAUUGAAGGAUCUUCGGAUAGACGAUUGUGGAGUGGAGGAAAUUGUUUCACGUGAAGAAAUUGCAGAAGCAGCAGCAAGAUUUGUUUUCCCUAAAGUGACUCUCCUAGUACUUCGUAAAUUGCCAAAGCUCAAGUGGUUUUGCCGCGGGGUGCAUACUUCAAAAUGGCCAUUGUUGAAAGAAUUGUGUGUGCGUGGAUGUGAUCAAAUUGAGAUAUUUAUUUCAAAAAUUUUGAACUUUCAAGAAACAGUGGAACAAAGCCAACUAGAGACCUCCAUUCAACAAUCCCUUUUCUUGGUUGAAGAGGGUACAUUAUUCCCUAACUUGGAGGUUUUGAUAUUGGGUGGAGAUUACAAGAUGAAGGAGAUACAACAUGACCAACUUUUUGAACAGUGCCUUUACAAAUUAAAAUUCCUUCACGUGAUCGGCCAUGUAGCAGUUUCUGAUUGGAUUACUUUUCUUAAAAGAUUACACAGUGUGGAGAAACUUUUUGUGAGUUCUAGUUCUUUGGAAGAAAUAUUCCCAUAUAAAGAGCUUUUUGACAUGGAAAACCAUGCUACAAUACUCGAACAACUUCAAGAACUAGAGUUGUCUAAACGACCUAUGUUGACACAUUUGUGGAAAGAAGACACUCAACCAAGCCCAAUUUUUCAUAAUCUGAAAAAUCUAAAAGUGUUCCUUUGUGGCGAAUUGAAAAUUUUAGUGUCAUCCUCGAUAUCUUUCAACAAUUUGACAAAUCUGAAAAUAUGGAAAUGUCAUGGAUUGAUUAAUUUAGUUACAUCCUCAACAGCCAAAAGUUUGGUACAACUUAAAAAAAUGAGUGUAAGUGAAUGCGAAAGGAUAACAGAAGUUGUAUUAGGGGAGGGAGGUGAAGCGAGUGAGGUGAUUACUUUCACACAGCUAACAUUCUUAAAACUUGAUUGCUUGCCAAACCUCUCAAGCUUUUGCUCUGGAAGUUAUUCCUUUGAGUUCCCAUCUUUGGAAGAAGUGAUUGUGAGGCAGUGCCCUGAGAUGAAGACUUUCUUUCUUGAAGCUUUAGGGACAUCAAAGCUAGAAGGAGUACAAGCAACACAAGAAGAUGAAUUUCAUUGGAAGGCUAACCUGAAUACCACCAUACGUUGGCCCUGGAAUAGAAAAUAUAAUGGGCUUUGGAAGAGCAAAUAUAAUUGGCCCUGGAACGACAAAUAUAAUUGGCUCUGGAACAGCAAAUAUAAUUGGCCCUGGAACGACUAAUAUAAUUGGCCCUGGAACAGCAAAUAUAAUACCACCACACAAUAGUUCUUUUAAGGAAGAGAAAGGGUUCAAAAUUCUAAAGAUGGAGAUCAUCCUAAAUAUGAAGUAGUGGGAACGUGACUUGUAAUUUUAGUUUGUGGUACUUGGAAUCAUGUUUCUUUCUCAUGAAAUCAUGUGCUCAAAGGGUCGUCAUCCCCAUGGUUAUGGAAAUGUAUAGAGUUCAUUCAUCUUUUAUUUAUUUGCUAUUGUUUCUUUAUUUUCUUGUUUUCCAUGUUUAGAAAAACAAGAAAAAAGAAAAAAAGGUAGCUGUAGUAGCAAUAAUAAUAGCAGUACUACUACUUGUGUGAUGCAUUUCUUUGGAGUGUUAUAAACUACCUCUUCUUGGUGUAGAAAGACCAUAUUACUAUUUGAAUGAAGUUGUGCUUAUUAUUUUGAUGAGUGUUAUAAACUAAA